UUCUGUUCCCUGCACAGCUUCUUUGGGUAUGCACUCAACAGCAGCAGUAUCAGUAGAACAGAGGAAAAAAAGGUAAAAGGCCCGACAUCUCUUUAUUACUCUGCCAAGUGUAAUUCUGAAUCGUGAUGUCAUCUAUGAACUCAUCAGCCACCUACAGAUCACGUUACAGCAGCAGCUACCAGCAGAACCCAAGGGGCGAUCCCUCAUUUGACCAAAUGAUAGAUUCAUCUCAUGGUCUUUUUGGGGAGGAUGGUGAUAGAGCACCUCUACGGCAUUCCUUUGGAAGACAAAGAGAGUCUUUUGGCUACACAGCUCCAGUGUCAGUGCGACCAGCCAAUCUGGGGAAUGUGAGAACUGUUGGGGACACAUAUCAGGUCACUGCAGAUGUCAGUCAGUUUCAGCCCCAGGACAUCAUUGUGACAACCUACAAUUACCAUGUUGUCAUCCACGCUGAAAAGGUGGCAGAGAAUGGCACUGUCUCAAACACCUUCACUCACAAGUACCAGCUACCAGAAGACAUGGAUCCACUAAGUGUGAGCUGUGCCCUGAAUGAUGCAGGCACUCUGGUCAUCACUGCAAAAAAAAGACCCACCACAAAAGUAGCGGAACCAGCUCAGCCAGUCUACAAGUCAGAAAUUAGACUGUAGCACCUAAUGGAUCUCAAGCUAUUCAGUAUUAGAACAUUCACAAAUGGCAGUGCAGAAUAUCCAUUUUGGGUUUUGCACUUUAGGAAGAAUUCUUUGCACCUAGUUAUCACGCAGCACUUAUCACUAAAACUUGAAGAGAGAGUCACUUUACAAUGAUUAAGCCUUUACUGACUUUGAAAAGUUCACAUGUGGAUAAAUUGAACAACCCACAGAUAUGUUACUUUCGCAGAUAGAACCAGGGUACCUCCUUAUUUAUUAAAGAGGUGCCACUUGAAAAUUAUCUCUGUCCGGUUUGCAAGUUAAUUACAGUACCAGUCUCUUUCUUUCUCUUUCUUUCUUUCUUUCUUUCUUUCUUUCUUUCUUUCUCAGCAUGUUUCUGUUUUUUACAUUAGCCAAACUGUAUUGGUAUUUGAGUUAGGUUAACUAUUAGUUGAAGCUUGCUCCCAUUUGCUGAGAAUCAAAUUAAGAAAAGUCAGAUAUGGUCAAUGUAAGCAUUUAUCAACCUAACUAGUUAAUGCAGUGUCAGUGUCUUGAAAAAGACGUUAUAAACAUUUGCAGUUGAUGGCUCAUCUUGUGCAUUCCUUUCUUAGUAGAAAGGAGCUCCUUUUCAAAAAAAAACUUUCUCACCUAUUGUGCGCAUAGUAAGCACCUUCAUUGUCAUGUUAGUCUUAACAAUGUGUUAUCAGGAUGACCGGUGUAAACAGCUUGUGUGGACAAGGCAUGUAUCAGUAACCAUGAUGAUUUUUUUACAGGAAAUCUACCAAAAUGGGUUUUUCACAAUCCUCUAUGCUGAACCAAUCAGUAAAUGAAGGUGCAUUCACAAUGAAAAAUAACCUAGCCUGAAAUGAUGACCAUCUUUUCCCACAUGGGAUCAAGGGGAUUCUUCCCCAUAUGCUGUCUCAGCUUCCAGAGCAGAAAGAAUUAUGUGAAUCAUUGUGAGGUAUUUUUUUUCAGUCAUCUGCUGUUGACUCCGUAAACAAAAGCUGUUUUUUUAAAUAAACGUGGGAUCACAUGUUAUAAGGA